AUGGAUUCCAAACAACAGGAAGCCGCCUUCUACCACAAGGUCGCCCAGGCCAAGCAGGAGCUGGACGACGCCGCCGCCGCCUCCUCGGACUCGAUACCCAGCUCUCCUGAGCUCGCCGCCGACAGCUCAGGCUCCAGCGUCGCCAGCGUGCCCACUCCCGGCUCGCCUGUCAGCCCCCUGUCCGUCGCCGACUCGUUUGUCUUUGCCUUUGACAUUGACGGCGUCCUCGUCCGCGGCGGCAAGGCCAUCCCGGAGGCUAUCCAGGCCAUGAGGGUUCUCAACGGCGAGAAUGAGUAUGGUGUCCAUGUCCCCCACAUCUUCCUCACCAACGGUGGAGGCAAGUCGGAAGAAGAGCGCUGCGAAGACCUGUCUCGCCAGCUCCUCCAGGAUAUCAAGCCUGGCCAGUUCAUCUGCGGCCACACGCCCAUGCGGGAAAUGGCGUCCAAGUACAAGACGGUCUUGGUUGUCGGCGGCGAGGGCGAAAAGUGCCGCGACGUUGCUGAGGGCUAUGGCUUCACCGACGUCGUCACCCCCGGCGACAUCAUCAAGCACAACGCAGCCACCACGCCGUUCCGGAAGCUGACGCCCGAAGAGCAUGCCAACUCGCGUGAGCGCGACUUCACCGACGUGGUCAUAGAUGCCGUCUUCGUCUUUGCCGACUCGCGCGACUGGGCCGGCGACAUUCAAAUCAUGCUCGACCUGGCCAUGUCUCGCGGCGGCCGUCUCGGCAGCCGCAGCGAAACCUUUGACGAGGGCCCGCCAUUCUACUUUUCGCACAACGACAUUGUCUGGUCCGCCGCCCACGAGCACGUCCGCCUGGGCAUGGGUGCGCUGCGCCGCAUGUUUGAGGUGACUUUCAAAGACCUGACGGGCGGCAAGGGCAAGCUGCACACACACGCCUUUGGCAAGCCCCAGGUCCCGACCUUUGAGUUUGCCUCGCGCCUGCUGAGCCAGUGGCGCAAUGACGAGCACGGCUUGGACCGCCCGCCCCAGACCGUCUACUUUGUCGGCGACACGCCCGAGAGCGACAUCCGCGGCACCAACGCCGUCAACAAAAAAGCCGAUAACGACUGGUACAGCAUCCUGGUCAAGACGGGCGUCUACCAAGACGGCACCGAGCCCGCCUACAAGCCGCGCGUCACCGUCGAAAACGUCCUCGACGCCGUCAACCACGGCAUUCAGCGCGAGAUGCGCAAGCAGGUCGCCUCGUCGCUCCAGAAGAGCGUCCUCAACGGGCAGGCGACUGUUGCCGACGAGGCGGAAGACCACGCCAUUGCCGCGUGA